CGUGGCUCCCGGGGAGCGCCCCCCGGCUCGGCAGCCCCUGCGGGGCGCUGAGGGAGUAGCCCGUGAGGCGGGGCGGGGCGCGGACCCCCGGCUCCCCUCAGCAGCGUUGCUCCCAGGGAGGCUCCGCGUUGGGCAGGGGGUGGCUUCGGCGGCCUCCUGCCCUGCGAGAGGCGGGGAGCUGGGUCUGGGGGCUACUGAGAAAAAAGCAACGUGUGCCCGCUUCUCGCAGGCCAGCGCCCCCGGGCAGCGCCUCCUCAGCCUCUCAGGAGCUCCGCGGGUUCGAAGGCGCUGCCGGUGCCUCCUGCUCCGGGUGCUUUCGGUUCUCAUCCGCCCUCAGCAGCCUGUCCUUUGGCGUUGCCCCUCAGGACUAGGAAAGGGUUUAUUCUUAGCUCUGCCCUAAUAGGGCUGAGGACGAGGAAGGUGUUUGUGACCAUCAGGGCCAUGAGCACCACACGGCAGCGCGGGACCCAGCAGGGCCUGCUGCCACCCCGUGUGGUCCAGCCGAAGCUUGUUGCCACUUGGGAAUCCACUUUUCUUCUCCAAGUUUGUGCUCCAGCUUCUAGAGGUCGUCACCCAGCCCUGGGAGAGAUGCAAGUAAUGCCAUGCUGCGUCUCGCUGCUUUAAACAGCCUCUUCUCUUGGCUCAUCUGUAUUAACGCAGUUGCAACCACUAGACGUUUCUGAAACUGAUUGCCUUCUUAGUUCGCUUUCUGUGUUUGGGAGUGGAUGGAAAAACUGCUGUUCCGCCCUCUGUCUGAGCCAGAAUAGACACUUCUCCAGCCCUCUACUUGAUUUGCAGCUUUUAUCUGGCCUCACCUGGUGAUUAGAAGGUUACCAUCUGCCCUCACAGCAGCCUGUCCUCUACCACUUUGUGAGCCACAGGAAGCUAGAAGGAAGAAUAGAUUCGUACAAUUUGGAAGAUGAAGUUUGUUUUGGGAAUUCAACCAAAUGCGCUGGCAUACUCCAUGACUACGUUAGGUGCAGGAAUGAUGAACAGUAUCUUUAAUUUCUACUACGUUAAGCUUUUCCUAAACCGAUACAAAAUUUCAGAAGUAGCGUUUCAUCAAGCACAGGUUGUAUUUAUGAUAUGGAAUGCCAUUAACGAUCCUCUUUUUGGAUAUAUCCAAGAUAACUCCAAAUUCGCAUGCUGCUCAAGACGCCAGUUUUCAAUUCUAUAUGGAGCUCCUUUAUACGCGUUAGCCUUUUUGCUUCCUUGGUUUCCUUGGAAACAUUAUGAAGAAGGUGACUGGCUAAGUGGUCUUCACCUUAUUGUUGCAUUAUGUGCUUUUGAUGGUUUGCUUACUUUUGUGCUUCUAGCGCAGUGCGCACUCUUUGCAGAAAUAUCAACAAGACAUGAAAGUAGGCUUCAGCUUAUUAAAUACAACCAAGUAGCAACAUUAAUCGGAUCUACGAGCAUUCUCUUUUGUGGUCUAAUAUCAGAUAAUAUGGAAAAUUUUGCCAGUUUUCAGGCUUUUGCUGUUUUGGUUGCAGCAUUAGCAACAGCUUGUAUGUGUUACACAGGCAAAUAUAGUACUAGUCAGUAUGAGCAGAGAGAAGUUCUUAUGGAGAAUGCUAAUCUAGAAAAUGGUGAUAGAGUUCUUUCCUGGUCCUCUGUAAUUUCGUUGACCAAACAGAUUAUGACAGAGAAAAACUUUUUAUUUUUUGUAACUAUGAACUUCUUCCAAGUCUUUCACCUAGCAUUCUGCAACAAUUUUAUGAUGAUCUUUGCGGAUGAUCUCAUUCCUAAGGAUGUCCUUUCUUCCUCAAUAAGAAGUGUCAUGUACGGAGCAGGUUUUAUUUGUCCUCAGUGCCUUGUUCUUCUCAGUCACGCUUCAUUGAAGAAGUUUGGUUAUUACAGAAUCAUCUUGUUUUCCUUUUACUUUGAAGGAGUAGCUGCUGCUGUCAUGUUUUUUCUAGGACCAGAACAUUAUUAUCUCUUGGCAUUUUAUCUCACAGCAAACAUGGUAAUUGUACAAGCUUCAUUUAGUUUGUUCAAUUUGCCCUUGGCAGAUAUUGUUGAUGCAGAUUUAGUAAAGCACAAGCGGAGAUCACCACUUUCCUCUAUGGUUUUUGGUACCAAUGCUUUAUUUACCAAGCCUGCUCAAUCUUUGGCUCCAAUGCUUGUGGUUACCAUACUAAAUCAAUUUGGAUAUGAGAACUUGAAUAAUGAAGUUGCUCAGCCAGAUCCAAGGCUCUUAAGUCUGAACGUUGGCUUUUGUAUUCUCAGCAACUUUCCAAGUUUUUGCUGGAGCAGGCUGCCUAGCAAGGUGGUUGAUGCCCCAUGCCUGUCACUGUUCAAGAGGCAUUUGGAUAAUGCCCUUAAUUAUAUGCUUCAACUUUUGGUUAGUCCUGAAGUGGUCAGGCAGUUGACUUGAUCUUUGUUUGUCCCUUCCAACAGAACUGUUCUGUUCUGUUCUAUGAAACUUUUUCCAGCAAUGAGUGUACACUUGACAAAUUAUGGGAGUAAGCUUUUUCUGCUUGUUCACUCUUAUUUUUGUUUGAUACUGUCAUUUCAUUUUCUCAUUUAUUGAUACAUUGCUUAUGCAAGACCACAUGGAAUGCUGGAGCUCACAAACUUUCUGGAUGACUUCAACUUGCAUACAUAAAAAAAAGGUUCUUACCUUAUGGCAGAAGGGCGUGUCUCCCAUACUUCAUUUGUUUUAUAUAUUUUGAAAUCAUUUUGUUAGCGUACUCCCUUCAGAAGUGGGCUUCACAAAUAUUCUGUCUUUGGUGCUCAUCUUGCACUGUAUCAGAAAGAAACUGUCAAUCAAAAGCUAUCUGCUGAGCAAAUCAUGUCUUCUGAUUCUAUGCCUCUGGCAAAAAGUCUAUAAGAUGGCACUACCUUACCUAUACCUCAUCAUUCCAGUAGUUACGUUUUGAUUUUUCAGCUACAUGAUACUAUCUAUGACUCUUUUAUAUUCUCCAUGAUCAUGGUAUUUCAUUAUUGUUUCAGUAGAGUUAAUAAAGCUCUAUUAGAAUACCAGCCAACUGUAAAUUGCCAAUUUUUAAGCUUGUCUGGUUUUUGUUGCCAUCGUGAUAUUGAACAGUCUGCACACACACAUUCUCAGCCUGUGUAAGGACGACAUUCCUGACUAGCUUAUUAGGGCAUCUGGCAUGCUCUGAGUCAAAUUCUUAUCCCUGGAGAUCUUCUGAGACAAUAGUUUGUCAUCAUCUUGGUGGCUUCAGUUACAGUUGUAUUCUGCAGGGCAUCCAAGCCGGUAAGACAGUGAAACAGUUUU